UAAAAAUUCCCUUCGUCUAUUCUCUCUCUCUAAACUAUCCGUCUCUCUCAAACAAAGGAACAUAGGCGGAGCAAUGGCGAUAACCAUUCAGGACCACAUGUUACCAGACGACACCCACAACCUCUACGACGUCAACUUCUUCGGAGACAUCAUCCACACCCUACUAACUCACGAUCCCACCAUGGUCUCCCAAUGGCUGUCAGAAAUCCAGUCCAACCAUCCCGAAAACCGCCGUCUGAUAAUCGGCCUCGAUGUCGAAUGGCGCCCAAACUUCAAUCGAAACACUGAGAACCCAGUCGCCACCCUCCAGCUCUGUGUCGAUCGCCGCUGUCUGAUCUACCAACUCAUUCAUUCCCCUUCUGUCCCGCCCUCCCUUAUUGACUUCCUGUCCAACCAGAACUACACCUUUGUAGGCAUUGGGAUUAAAGCUGACUUGGAGAAACUUGAAGAGGACUACGGGUUUGGGUUCAAUGCGAAUAACGUGGAUUUAAGGAAACUCGCGGCGGACACCUAUCAGAUGAAGGAGUUGAAUAAUGCGGGGCUGAAAAAUCUGGCAAAAGUUGUGCUUGGGAAAGAGGUGAACAAGCCCAGCAGAGUGACCAUGAGUAGGUGGGAUUACCGAUGGUUGAAGCCUGACCAAGUGCAGUAUGCUUGUGUUGAUGCUUUUGUUUCUUUUGAGAUUGGCAGGGUCUUGAAUGCUGCUGGGUAAAUUGGUGUUCAAGGUCAAAUUACUGAUGGGUUUAGCAGUUUUUACUUGUUUGUUUAAUAAAAAAAAAAAUAAAGUUUGUUUGGUGGAUUUUGUGAAGGAUUUUAAGGAUGAUGGUUUAUGGCUUUAUGCCGUUAACGGUGUUCUGUAUUCUGGGUUUUAAUUUUCUGAUUCUCUCGCUUUAUAUCUUGUCUUGUAAAUAUGAUUGUUGCACUUUCACUUCGGAUGUGUGGAAUUAUGCUCUUCUGAGCUCCUCUUGCGUAAGUUCUUAUUUUCUGAAAGUAAAUUGGGAUUAUAUAUUGAGUUGUGUUCAUGAUUUUGUUGA